CGCCACCGGGAGAAAGGAACCGGUGACAGCUUGGUUCCUGCGCGGAUGCUGGGGCUGUAGGCGUCGCGCUUUCGGCUCGUUGCGGCUCACAGGGAGGAGGACGCCCGGGCUCGCUUAUCCCUCCGCUGCCUCCGCCACUGCCAUGAUUCCAGUGUCGCUGGUGGUAGUGGUGGUGGGCGGCUGGACUGCCGUCUACCUGACCGACUUGGUACUGAAGUCAUCUGUGUAUUUUAAACAUUCCUAUGAAGACUGGCUGGAAAACAACGGACUGAGCAUCUCCCCUUUUCACAUAAGAUGGCAAACUGCUGUUUUCAAUCGUGCCUUUUACAGUUGGGGACGGCGGAAAGCAAGGAUGCUUUACCAGUGGUUCAAUUUUGGAAUGGUGUUUGGUGUAAUUGCCAUGUUCAGCUCUUUUUUCCUCCUCGGGAAAACACUGAUGCAGACUUUGGCGCAAAUGAUGGCUGACUCUCCCUCUUCUGCUGCUUCUUCCUCUUCCUCUUCUUCUUCCUCCUCUUCUUCUGCUUCUUCCUCUUCGUCAUCUUCCUCUUCAUCCUCUUCCUCCUCCUCCUCACUUCACAAUGAGCAAGUGCUCCAAGUUGUGGUUCCCGGUAUAAAUUUACCUGUCAACCAACUGACCUAUUUCUUCGCUGCAGUUCUCAUUAGUGGUGUUGUACAUGAAAUUGGACAUGGGAUAGCCGCUAUUAGGGAACAAGUUCGAUUUAAUGGCUUUGGGAUUUUUCUCUUCGUUAUUUAUCCUGGAGCAUUUGUUGAUCUGUUCACUACUCAUUUGCAACUUAUCUCACCAGUCCAGCAACUAAGGAUAUUCUGUGCAGGUAUCUGGCAUAAUUUCGUCCUUGCACUCCUUGGUAUUUUAGCUCUUGUGCUCCUCCCUGUAAUUCUCUUGCCAUUUUACUACACUGGAGUCGGGGUGCUUAUCACGGAAGUUGCUGAGGACUCACCUGCCGUUGGACCCAGAGGCCUUUUUGUGGGAGACCUUGUCACCCAUCUACAGGAUUGUCCUGUUACUAAUGUACAAGAUUGGAAUGAAUGUCUAGAUACCAUCGCCUAUGAGCCCCAAAUUGGUUACUGUAUUAGUGCAUCAACCUUACAGCAGUUAAGCUUCCCAGUUAGAGCAUACAAACGGCUAGAUGGUUCAACCGAAUGCUGUAACAAUCACAGCCUCACGGAUGUGUGCUUUUCCUACAGAAAUAACUUUAAUAAGCGUUUGCACACAUGCUUACCUGCCCGGAAAGCAGUUGAAGCCACGCAAGUUUGUAGAACCAAUAAAGAUUGUAAAAAAAGUUCAAGUUCAAGUUUCUGUAUAAUACCUUCUUUGGAAACUCAUACUCGCUUAAUAAAAGUGAAACAUCCACCUCAAAUUGAUAUGUUGUAUGUAGGCCAUCCACUGCACCUUCACUACACAGUGAGCAUCACCAGUUUUAUUCCACGUUUCAACUUUCUAAGCAUAGAUCUGCCUGUGGUUGUGGAGACAUUUGUCAAGUACCUGAUUUCUCUCUCAGGAGCUCUGGCUAUUGUUAAUGCAGUGCCCUGCUUUGCCUUGGAUGGUCAGUGGAUUUUAAACUCUUUCCUAGAUGCUACCCUUACCUCAGUGAUUGGAGACAAUGAUAUCAAAGAUCUGAUAGGAUUUUUCAUCUUGCUUGGUGGUAGUGUACUUCUGGCUGCCAACGUGACCCUGGGACUCUGGAUGGUUACAGCACGAUUUUCAAGCUUUAAUUCCUCUCUCUGUGGAUUGUUUAAUAUUAGUCUUUAAAGGUUAAAAAGAAAACUGUCUUUGGAAUAGAUGUCCAAACUUUAAAGACCAGUUCAAGUUACAGUGCCCUAUGGAACCUUCCCUCAUCACCUCCAAGAUAAGUUAUUUUGUAUCACCCCUACACUUAGCUAAGUGGCUCUUUCAUACAUUACAUCUUUGAACUCUCCCAAUAACCUCACAGUCAUUUUCUUUGCCUUAUAGAUUAGGACACUUAAUGAACUUAAAUGACUUGGCUAGGCUCACACAGUCAGUCAGUAGAAAUGUAAGGAUGAGAACUCAGGUUCUUUUAGUUCCAACUCUUGUGUUUUUUGUUACACCAUAAUUUGAUAUUUCUCCUCAAGUGUUGUUUUUAACUGUGGUAAGACAUACAUAACAAAAUUUGCCAUUUUAGUUGUACAGCAUUAAAUACAUUCAUAUUGUUAUGCAACCAUCACUACUGUCCAUCUCCAGAACUCUUCAUCUUGAAAAACUGAAACUCCAUACCCAUUAAGCAAUAAUUCCCAUUCCCCCCUCUCCGCAGCCCCUGAAAUACUACCAUUUUACUUUGUGUCUCUGUGAAUUUGACUACUGUGGCUACCUCGUAUGAGUGGAAUCAUAAAGUAUUUGGCUUUUUGUGACUGUCUUAUUUUACUUAGCCUAGUGUCCUCGAGGCUUAUCCAUUUGUAGCAUGUGUUUUAUAAAUAUCUGUACUCAUGGCAUUUACCUAUGAUCUCCUGUGUCCUAUUUCAUUUCCUGGUUUAUAAAGUCCUUGAGGGCUGUGACUCUUUGUUUCCCCUUGGUAUGGCCACCAUCAUAGGGCCUAGGUCAUAAUGGUAGUCAAUGAGCUCUCUUGAGCAGAUGGCUAAAGCCAUUCUAUAAGGUAGAAAAUGAGCCUCCUUCUUAUAUGGUACAUUCCAAUUUCACACCUACCCUCAGCUACUGGAGCCAAGAAGACGGAUGAGCAGAACUGUUCUCUCUACUAUUACAGUGGAAGGCCAGACAUAACAUUAAAAAAUUCCCCAGGUUUGGAAGGAUGGCACAGGAAUUUUACUCAUGGAUUUUUAGCUCCCUGCUUACUGUAAAAAUCAUAUAUGCAGUAGUCUUUAAAAAGAGGAAAAAAUCUUGUAGUCCUAUGAAUGAAAGUUUGGUAAUGUUUGUUUUCUCCCCUGAGAAAAAUAAAAGUGGCUUGCCACAUUCUGGUAAGAAUGAACUCUUUGGAUGAUUGGUCAUCAAUCCUUGAUGUCAUCGGAGUGGAGUGUGCUGGGGAUACAUUUGCCUUUGCCAUGCUAUUUGAUUAUUACAUAGUUCCUAUACAUAUUAAAGGAUAAAAAGAGGAGAAAUGGAGUAAGAAAUAUUUUGAGUCCAAGUUUUAGUUCUUCCACCUACUCGUGACUUCAAGGAGGGGAAGACUUUGCAGUCCCUUCUCACUAGUACACCCAUGCCUUCACCCAUGUGGAGUAACAGAACUUCAAGGGCCAACCUGGCCUCGGAGACCAGAGAGGCUGUAGUCUUGUCAGGAGCAGCCCCAAGAAACUCGAAGGCCUUCAUCCCUUUGUCUAACAGAAGAUGCUGCGGGACCACAUGCCACCAGUCCUACUCCUGAAGCAGACCUCUCAAGGGGGAUGUCCAAAAAGCAGAGGCCACCUGCUCCUUAGGAAGAAAGGCUCUGCCCCAACCAGCCUAACUCUUCUUCAAGAAAGGGUACCAAGAAGAGACACAGCCUGAAGCAUUCACCCAUGUGUUUCUGAGCCAGGAUCUCUACCACACUUCAGACACUGGAGGCAUAAAAUAAUUAGAUUCAACCUGAAAAGUAAAGUUGUUCAGUACACUAAAUGACUUCCCUCUGGGUGUCUGCAAAAACACAAGUUUUGAACAUGCAGGCUCUGUGGAGAUCAGACAACACACACUAUCUCAAAGGAUCUUCCUUCCUUUUUUUUAAAUUUUCAAAUCAAAAUGGGAAGUACAGGGGCACCUGGGUGGCUCAGUCGGUUAAGCUUCAGCCUUUGGCUCAGGUCCUGGUUUUGAGCCCCACAUCGGUCUCCCUGUUCAGUGGGGAGUCUGCUUCUCCCUCUCCCUCUGCCCCAACACCCCUACUUGUGCUCUCACACACUCUGCUCUCUCUCUCAAAUAAAUAAAUAAAUAAAUAAUCUUAAAAAAAAAAAUCUGCCCGAGCCAAGAGAUAAGCCAGAAAGAAGAACACAGCUAGAAAGUUUGAGGUCAAAAUGGAGGCAGCCAAAGUCUUUCAUUUUCUAUUGUGUCGUAUAAUCCAUGUUUCCAACUGUGUCCUGCUACAAGGAAAACAAAUUCUUAUUGAAUUUAUACAAAUAUAUAUUGCCAUAAAAAUAUAGAAACACUCGAGGAGCCUGGCUAGCUCAGUCAGUGGAGCAUGUGAACCUUGAUCUCAGGGUUGUGAGUUUAAGCCCCAUGUUGGGUACAGAGAUUACUUUAAAAAUAAAAUCUUUUUUAAAGUUUAAAGUCUAAAAAAAAAAUAACACUGACAGUUUCUGAAUUCUGGGAUCAUGUAGGGACAAAAGAUAAAUGUUUCAAUCUGUUCACAAAAGUACAUUUUAUCAAGUUGUUAUAUAUCAAUAAGCUUAAGAGUACUUUUUUUAAAAUCUGGAAAAACAAAGCAUUUUUUUAAAAGCUCAGCAAUGUUUUAAACAAAGUCAUAAAAAUUGUAAUUACCCUCCUCAGUUCAUGUGGUUCCAUGUUAGUACUUUUUGUUCUACUUAAAUCCAGUUUUCCCUGUUUUAGAAAUUCUUACUCAUUCAGUUUUAGGAUCUUAAGGUUAUCAGAAACCUAUACCCAGAGGUUUUCUAUGAGUAUUUUUGAAUAUGAAACACAUUUGUAACAGCAUCAGAGUAAAGUACCUGUAAAAGAACAUUUCAAGUUAAUUACAUAUCAGGACGUCAGAUUUUUGGCAUUUCAUACCAUUUUUAGAACACUCAUCUUAAUAACACAUCUACUCAAAGUCUAAGAGGGUUUAGUACCACUUUUUUGAAUUUGCUCCUUAUGUGAUUUAACAUAUCAAAUAAGUCUAAUUAGUUUAAUGUCUCACAAAAACUUUAAAAUGUUCCAUGGGUCCAUUUUAAUACCACAGAUCAUGGCCAAAAGACUUUAUUUUAGAAUUUUGAUUUUGUGGGGUGCCUGGGUGGCUCAGUUAGGUGUCCGCCUUCGGCCCAGGUUAUGAUCCCAGGGUCCUGGGAUUGAGCCCCAAGUCCGGCUCCCUGCUUAGUGGGGGAUCUGCUUUUCCCUCUCCCUCUGCCUCUCCCUGCCUCUCAUGUGUUCUCUCUCUCACAAAUAAAUCUUUUUUUAAAAAAAGAAUUUGAUUUUGCGAAGUAUGUUAAAAAUAUUAAAGGGUUCGAACAUGUGAUUAAAUAAAAUCACAAAUUAUUACAAAAUGGUAUUUAUCCAUUUAACCAAAGUGACAAUAAAAUAUAUUAAAGGCAAAUAGAGAAGGUUAUAUAAUAGUAAACAAAAUUUAGCUU